AUGAACCCCUUCAAGAAACAAACAGCCGACACCUCAAGCAUCACCUCCAGCCAAGACUACUCCAUCGCCGAAGCAAAGGCCCAAACCCGCGAACCGACUGCCACCCCUGAACCGACUAAGGGCGGGCUCGAAUUCUCCAUCCCCGCCAGAUCAGUGCUCCGGUCCCUCGACCAAUGCUGCGACGUCAUCACCAUAGUCGCGCACAACCCGACCACCCGAUUCAUCGCCUUCCUCUUGGAGGGCUGGGAUGGCCAAGAUUUCCCCUGGUCCGCCUCAAAGUCUCACAAGGUGACCUUCUACCACGACAUGGUGGCCGAAGGAGCGGGAGAAACGCAGAAGCAAAUACUCUCCAGGUAA